CACCCGCUCCCACUCGUCUCCUCCCUCCCCAAAUCCUCGUUGUCCUCUGCAAUCGCCAGGCCCGCCGCGCAGGCAGACUCGACUGACUGGUCACUGGUAGGCUGGUAGCUCUCGAUCGAUCGGAGGCAGGCAUGGCGUCCGGGAAGCACUUCAAGUACGUCAUCCUCGGCGGCGGCGUCGCGGCGGGGUACGCGGCCCGGGAGUUCGCCAAGCAGGGAGUUCAGCCAGGAGAGCUCGCCAUCAUCUCCAAGGAGGCGGUGGCUCCAUACGAGCGUCCUGCCCUCAGCAAGGGUUACCUCUUCCCUCAGAAUGCUGCAAGGCUCCCAGGAUUUCAUGUGUGUGUCGGAAGUGGUGGAGAGAGGCUAUUGCCUGAAUGGUACUCGGAGAAAGGUAUUGAGUUGAUCCUCAGCACAGAAAUUGUCAAAGCUGAUCUUUCCACCAAGACUCUGACUAGCGCAGCUGGAGCAGCCUUUACAUAUGAGAUCUUGCUGAUUGCAACUGGAUCCUUGGUCAUCAAGCUCACUGAUUUUGGCACCCAAGGAGCUGAUUCUAACAACAUUCUAUACCUAAGGGAAAUUGAUGAUGCUGACAAGCUGGUUGCAGCUAUCCAGGCAAAGAAGGGUGGGAAGGCAGUGGUUGUGGGGGGAGGCUAUAUUGGACUUGAACUUAGUGCUGCACUGAAGAUGAAUGACUAUGAUGUCACUAUGGUGUUUCCUGAACCUUGGUGCAUGCCCCGGCUCUUCACUGCCGACAUUGCUGCUUUCUACGAGGCUUACUAUACUAACAAAGGGGUAAAGAUUUUGAAGGGCACAUUAGCUAUUGGUUUUGAUGCCAAUGCCAAUGGUGAUGUCACUGCAGUUAAGCUAAAGGAUGGCACAGUACUUGAAGCUGAUAUUGUUGUUGUCGGUGUUGGAGGCAGACCAUUGACUACUCUCUUCAAAGGUCAAGUAGCUGAGGAGAAAGGUGGAAUCAAGACUGAUGCUUUCUUUGAAACAAGUGUUCCUGGAGUAUAUGCCAUUGGUGAUGUCGCUACCUUCCCCUUGAAGAUGUACAAUGAGUUGAGGAGAGUGGAACAUGUUGACCAUGCUAGGAAGUCUGCAGAGCAGGCUGUAAAGGCAAUCAAGGGAAAGGAGUCCGGGGAGUCAGUUCCAGAGUAUGACUACUUGCCAUACUUCUACUCCCGAUCAUUCGAUCUGGCGUGGCAGUUCUAUGGUGACAACGUCGGCGAGACCAUCCUAUUCGGCGACAGCGACCCCACCUCCAGCAAGCCCAAAUUCGGGUCGUACUGGAUCAAGGACGGCAAGGUCUUGGGCGCCUUCCUGGAAGGCGGGUCACCGGACGAGAACAAGGCCAUCGCCAAGGUGGCGAAAACCCAACCGACCGUCGCCAGCGUCGAGGAGCUCAAGAAGGAGGGCCUCCAGUUUGCCAGCAAGAUCUGAGACCGCUCCCUGUUUCAGUGUUCCAUGUACAUCUCGCGUCAUCAUUUAGGUUGUUCCUGUGUUCACGGUGUGUUCUACGACAGAUGUUGCCAUGCGUACUUGACCGCAUGACAUUCGGUUUCUGAUUGUGAUGUCUGAACUACACAUACACGCACACUUGCUGUACCACUUGAUAUUUGAAUAAAGCCUGCAGCCUCAGGGUUCAACGA